AGGUCUACAACCUCCAGAACGAGAACGCGGUGACCUUCGACGGCAUCGCCAAGGCGGCGGCCAAGGCGAUGGGCAAGCCCGAGCCGAAGAUCGUGCACUACGACUCCAAGGCCAUGAAGGGGAAGCUGCCGGAGGGGAAGAAGGCGUUCCCGAUGCGCGAGCAGCACUUCUUCACAGGAAUUCACAAGGCCAUGCGCGACUUGGAGUGGGAGCCGAAGUACCCCACGACCGCGGACAUCUUCAAGGACGGCUACGAGAACGACUUCAAGCUGCUGAAGGAGUCUGGGGAGCUGAAGGUAGAUUUCGAGUGCGACGAUUGUAUCCUGAAAGAGACCGGUAACAUGGUCCCGCGGUGACAGGAUGCAUGUGCUUGGCGUGGGCUCCCGCCGCGCUGAGCGCCCGCCAGCGCCGCGACCAUCCAGUGCCUCUUGCACUCAUGGCCCGCUGCCGCCGACGUCUGGCGAGGAGGAGGAGGAG